CCGCCACACCCAGUCCCGCACUUCCGCGCCGGAAAAGUCAAACCCGUCUUCUCCAAGCCUGGGAUGACCUCUGCAAUCUACAAAACGCCUCUUUCAGGCCCGGUCGAAAUCACGAAAGCAGGUAUCUCAACAGAUGAGCACGCCUACGAACCCCAUCGUUCCCCGGACAAAGCGAUCCACCAAUAUAGCUCUGCGCACUACCCUGUCUGGGCCGCUGAGAUCCCCGAAUCUGCUCACUUGUUCAGGCCAGGCGCUUUUGGAGAGAAUUUGUUUACCGAUGAGCUGGAUGAAAGGAAGUUGUGUAUCGGGGAUAAGGUUGCGAUUGGGGAGGUGGUGCUGGAGGUUUCGGAGCCAAGGAGUCCGUGUUAUAAGCUGAAUCACCGUUUCCAAGUCAAGAAUAUGGCGAAUCGGACGCAGACGCUGCUGAGGUGUGGGUGGCUGUAUCGCGUUCUCGAGCCAGGGCACGUGAAUGCCGGGGACAUGAUCCGCUUGCUGGAACGCCCGAGCCCGGAGUGGACUGUCGCGAGGAUUAUGUACUAUAUGUUCCUCGAGAAGGGCAAUAUUGAUAUGAUGAAGGAGAUCGUCGCCUUGCCGGCGCUGGGUGAAGAGAUCAGGCGGACGUUUCGGAAGAGACUGGACAAGGGGAUGGCUGAGGAUUCAAAUGGAAGGAUGUAUGGGGACGAGACGGUGAACUUCGACACCUGGAAGGAGUACUGUAUUGCUGAGAAGAGGAGGGAAACAGGCAAGAUCACUACUUUCGUCUUGGAGGCGGUGGAGGAGAUGAAAGAAGACGACGUCGUACCUGUGGAACCGGGGAGUCAUGUACGCGUGAAGUUGGGCGGAAAGUUGGUCAGGGCGUACUCCGUGGUUGGAGGAACAUCGAAGCGCUUCGAGCUUGGUAUCGCGCUUGAACCCGAAAGCCGCGGCGGCUCCAAAUACAUGCACGAGCAGACGCAGCCCGGGGAUGUCUUGACCUUUGGACGCAUCACCGCCAGCUUCCCUCUCGCUAAGGACGCCGACAAACAUAUCAUCAUCGCCGGUGGCAUCGGUAUUACGGCCUUUCUUGCUGCGCUCAAGCACCUGCGGACCACCCAGCAGAUCUAUGAGCUCCACUUCGCGGUUGCAGACGAGGUCCCAUUCAAGCAGCAUAUCGCCGUGCUCGGCGCUAACGCAAAGAUAUACAAGAAGUCUCAAGGUCAGCGACUCAACUUGACGGAUGUCUUUGCCCGCGCUGAUACCAACACUCACAUCUACUGCUGCGGGCCCCAGCGCCUCCAAGACGCUGUAGCUUCCACCGCCAAGGAAUACGGGGUCCCGGACUCUUCGGUGCGCUUCGAGCAGUUCACCGUGACCACCUCCGGCGAUCCAUUCACAGCUGAGCUGAAGCGGAGCGGUAAGACGGUAGAAGUCGGACCAACGCAGACACUGCUAGAUGCGCUGAGAGAGGUCGGGAUGGACAUUGAUAGUUCGUGCGAGGUGGGUAAUUGCGGGACUUGUAGGGUUGAAGUUUGUGGGGGCAGAGUGGAGCAUAAAGGCACCGGUUUGUUAGAGGAGGAGAAGGCCGAGGCGAUGCUGAGCUGUGUCUCGAGGGGUAUCGGCAGGAUCAUUAAUGAGGAAACUGGUUCUUGCAGUCGAUUCAAUGAAAUUGAUUUUCGGGUGUCUACCCAGCCGUCGAUGUACUCGUACAUCCAGACGCUAUUAUGCAGUCGCAAAUCAGGCCCAACCACCCAAACGCCAUGCCAAUGCAUCCUCAAACUUGCUCCCCGAAGACAUAUACAGUGAAGCGAACAAGAGCCGCAGCAACCCCCACUAUGCUGUUGCUCAAUCAUCCCACCGCAUAUUCAAUAUCAGGUCCUCCACCUCCUUUGCUUCGACCUCGUUCUCCUUAUUCCUUGGUACAGCUCGUACGCGCUCGGCUUCAAAUAGUCAUACGCCAACUUUGUUGAAGAAGGCACCGGCGGCGAGCGGCCAGCCGAGGAUGAUGAGUCCGGUGGGGACGACAAAAGUAGCGGUGCGACCGAGCUUCCGACCAUAGACGCCCCAGGGCACUGCGUGCGG